CAUCUUGGUACACUGUCUGCGCUCUGGCGCUCGGGACAAGGUGAUGGAGACGGAGAGUUGUUUGUCUUUCUCCUCGCCCCCAAACAGGAUCACGCCGGAGAAAUCCCCGAGUUUGGAGCAUAAUUCCGGCUCUUUCUUUCAGUGUGAAGAUCUCCAAAAGUCCCCACAUCUUCCACAAGUGCAGCGACAUGAGUUUUUUAACACACAGCCAAUGGGACGUUAUACUGACGCCGGUUCUGCGGACUUUACGCACGGUGUUUGCACUGCAACUCCACGCUCAUCGCCUGGAAAGCAUACAAAGUAUCUAGAGAAUAUGAACCAGGACCAAAAUACCUUAUCGAUCAGUGAGAAGAACUCGUCAUUUUACGAGAACAAUUCCGAUGCAGGAGAUAAGCCCUUAUCCAAGACCCUUGGCUAUCCCACUCUGGACUCUGAGUGCUGCGGAAAAUUGAAAGAGCCGUCCAACGGAUUGACUGGAGACUCCAUCGCUGACUCCAUCGACCUUUCAGGCAAGAACAAGAAGCGGCGAAACCGGACGACUUUCAGCACCUUUCAGCUGGAGGAGCUGGAGAAGGUCUUUCAGAAGACACAUUACCCUGAUGUGUAUGCACGGGAACAGCUGGCACUGAGGACGGAGCUCACAGAGGCAAGAGUGCAGGUUUGGUUCCAAAACAGACGGGCCAAAUGGAGGAAACGAGAGCGCUACGGGAAAAUGCAAGAGGUGCGAAACCACUUUGCUGCUACAUAUGAUAUCUCCCUUCUCCCUCGCUCCGACUCAUACCAGAUGCAAAAUAAUUUAUGGCCAGGCAGCGCAGUAACGGGAGGUGCAGGCGGAGCAGGCGGAGCAGGCACUGGCUGUGUCCUGGGAUCGGAAAACAUGGCGUCAUCCUGUAUGACCUCUUAUCCCCAUCCCCAUAGCAACCUACCUGGGCUUAUGGGUAUGUCUGCAUCCCCAGGUCAUCCUCAUCCUCAUCAUCACCAUCACCAUCACCAUCACCCACCCCACCACUCCAGCAUCAAUGGGAUAUAUUCACUCCAUGGCUUCCCUGGAGGCCUGGGAGCCCAUUCCUUUGAACCAGUACCAGAGUCUGAAUUCAAACCCUCAGGCCUUGUGGCCCUGCGGAUGAAAACCAAAGACCCAGGCAGCCUGUUAUCCUGGCCAACAUGACCAUCAAGCUGCAGCAAUUGUAAUGGCAUCACUGAGCCAACAAACAGUUAGCAUGCCUGCACAUACAGGCAUAUUAGUGUUACUCAGAAACAAAGAACUGCAGGACACUUUUUAACACUCAAUACACACCUUUUUUCUGCAGACAAAGAUAUGUCUCUUUGUUUUAAUCUGUUUCCAUAUGGAAGCAUCUUGUUUGUUUGUGUGAGUAUAUUGAAACCCAGUGGGCCCCAAAGGCUUGGCACACAACUUGCCUUAAAGAAAUAGUUCACCCAAAAAUUUAAAUUCUCUCAUCAUUCACUCAUCCUCAUGCCAUCCCAGAUGUGUAUGACCAUCUUUCUUCAGUAGAACACAAACAAAGAUUUUUAGAAGAAUAUCUUAGCUCUGUUGGUCCAUUCAUUGCAACUGAAUGGUAGUCAGAA